UCUAGCAGGACGGAUAGUGAAGGUAUGUAGACUAGGGAGGCCACGAGGUACCCAAACUUUAACCUUUUUCGACACUAACCUUGAAUUUUUUCUCAAUUAUAAACCCUAUAUCCGAUCCGAAAAUAUUUUUUGUAACCCGAAACAAGAGUCGACUUCUUUAAAAGUGACAUCCCUAAUGUAGACGAGAGAAAGCUUCAUGAAUAUUUAAUCUAAAAGUUAAUUUUCUAGCUCUCUCAGAUAUUUUAUUGUCAUCGAAUUCUGCAUCAGGUGAUGAGCUCUGUACCUGGUGGGCUCAUUUAUUAAGCAGCGCCCUUCAUUGGCGUCAUGGGGAUAUGGCUAGAGCAAGGCAACAUAACGCAAUUGUGCGCAAAUGUCCUCAAAAUCUAUUGCAGAGUGAUACAGCAUUGGCUGUUGGCUUGGCUUUUUGUUCAAGAAAAAUUUGUCUUGAAGAUAGAAAACAAAAAGCAUGGACAGAAAUAGCUCUGUUACAUGUAGAAAAGGCUUUUGCUCAUUUACAACGGGAAAAUCGGUUCCACAGAUGGCAAGUUCCGUUGGAAUGUCAAGGACAGGGAAUUGAAAAAAUACAAUGCCGGUUUCGACUUCUUUGUUGUCAGUGGAUUCUUUCUACUUUACUCGAUUUGUGCUCCUUUUCAAUAGGACCAGACAAAACGCCAUCACUUCAAAUUAAACAAUUAUACUCGAAUGUUUUGACGUUUAUUGAGAAAAAUGGUAUUGAACAAAUGGAGCAAAAAAGGAUGGCAAUGUUUAAAAACUUGGGAGAAACUCUUUGCGGAGUAGAAGCAAAACCAGUUUAA